AUGCGGCUUCUCAAGACAGGGGCUUUUGUGCGCGCCGCUCAAGCUGCCAAAUUCUCAAUCCCCAGCUGUUCAAGGGCUCCCAUUUCGUCCCCGGUUGUGGUUCCUUCAAGAUGGGCAUCCUCUCAGGCCCAAGCUCAAGCUGCACCCGACGAGCACCCCUUCCCUGAACAAUCUGUCAACCUUGCCAAAGAGGUUGACCCAGCAAAGACUGCUGCUGCAUCAAGCCAGAGCGGAGAUCAUGCCGGGUUUGAGAGAAAGCUGCAAGAGUUGGACCAGGAGAACAAAAUAAUCCACGAAAAUGGACAAUCUGGCUCAAAGAUAUUGGGGGCACCAUACGUCUUCGAUCAGACCUCAAAUCUGUCCAGCUCCAUCUUAGAUCUCGUUGGCCGCAACCUCUAUGACCACCCCGACCAUCCCAUCUGCAUUACUCGAAAGCUCAUCGAGUCAUGCUUCGAAGAAUCGACAUUCAAGCACUUCGCCAUGGGCAAUCCAGUGGUCACAGUCAGGGACAAUUUCGAUGUCUUGGGCUUUCCCGCAGACCACCCAGGUCGUUCAAGGACAGAUACAUACUAUGUCAACUCGACCCACCUCCUACGCACACAUACUUCUGCCCACCAAAACGCUGCAUUUCAGUGGCUGGCCAAUAACCCUUCUAGUAAAGGCUACACCAUCUGUGCCGACGUCUACCGCCGAGACAGUAUUGACAGGAGUCAUUUCCCAGUCUUCCACCAGAUGGAGGGCGCCCGAGUCUGGGAGGCUCAGGAGAAUAGAGCCGCCCAGAUCCAGCGCAACUGUGAAGAGAUGCCCAAGACUGGUCUCGUCGUGGAAGACCAGGCCACCGACUUUACUGGGGAUGCAAAUCCCUUACAGCCCGAACAUGACCCAGCUGAAGUGCACCAAGUCGCCCGGCAUCUCAAACUCAGCCUUGAGUAUCUUGUCAGCCGCAUCUUCGAGGCCUCUCGGCAAUCGCUCCCCUCUGCUGCCAGAACAGACGCUCCCAUGCAAGCCCGCUGGAUUGAAGCUUAUUUCCCCUUCACAUCACCGUCUUUCGAGCUCGAGGUUCUGUGGCAUGGGGGCGAAUGGUUGGAGCUACUAGGAUGUGGAGUCGUCAAGCAAGGCAUCCUGACCAAAGCGGGAUUGAACGACCACAUUAGCUGGGCCUGGGGUGUAGGAAUUGAACGCUUCGCUAUGCUCUUAUUUGGCAUCCCCGACAUCCGUCUAUUCUGGUCCACCGAUCCAAGAUUCCUGAAACAGUUCACUCGUGGGAAGAUCACCAAGUUCGAACCAUUCAGUAAAUACCCCGCCUGCUACAAGGACAUUGCCUUCUGGAUCAAGUCGGCUCCUUCAGCGUCGUCGCCCGUUGGUUCACAAACAGCACAGUCUGCUUCUUCAGGCGUUGCAGCUGCAGCGGGCGGUGACGCUACAAAAGCUUCCCCAACAGAAACACAGCCAGCCGCAUUCCACGAGAAUGAUAUCAUGGAAGUCGUACGGGACGUGGCAGGCAGUCUGGUCGAAGAUGUGAAGCUGGUGGACGAAUUCGUGCAUCCCACGUCAGGGAGGAAGAGCCUCUGUUACAGGAUCAACUAUCGAAGUCUGGAGAGGACAUUGACCAACGAAGAAGUCAAUGGUCUGCACGAGGAAGUUGCAAGGAGAAUGAAGGAUCUCCUUGGCGUCGAAUUGCGUUAA